AUGCCAGUGAGUUAAAAUUGAAAAAGGGACAAAAAUAGCAGAAAAACGGUUUCAGUCGUGGCUGCCACCGUCCCCGCCGAUGUCAGAAAACGAGUUCGACAACUACAUUGACGACACUUUUGACCUGAUCUACGAGCUCGACCCAAUGAAUGAGACCCGGCUGCCCUCGACAGUUCACGAGUUGCACAGACCGCUCGCGAAACGUCAGACGCCGGCCAAGUGUUCAACCACGCGAAAGACGUCGUCGCUCUCCUCGUCGACGAUCCCUCGAGACGUGCAGCGUUGGCUCGCCGAGAGCAAGUCGGAGAGUGAGGCAACGGUAUACGACGUCGUCUCCAAGAGUCUGAUGUCCCCGGCGGUGCCCUCCGUCAAGAUUUCCGGGCUAAGUCCGGCCCGGACUGACGGCUCGUUGAGUGCUGCUGAAGAAGGUCAAGACAUCAAGCAUGGUCAGUUUCCAUGAAUUUCCAUUAACGUUUGAUUUUUUCUUGGAAACCCCAGAGUUUGUCUUAUACAAUUAUUCGAUAUUCGUUCAGUGAUUAAAAAGGAUUCGAAAUAAACUGAACGUGAAUAAUUUCCGAUUUCAACAAAAUUUAGGCGCUGACUCGUUCUGCGCAAUUCGGGUUCAGGCUGAGUUUAUUUUUGCCAUUUUGUCUGAAAUUUUUCUGAAGUUCUUAAAAAUUUGAACUAACUUCCAAUCAAAACGUCUCGGCUUUCUCAUAAGAAGCUGAAGUUUUACUGUUGAAGACUUCACCUUUUUUCCCUGUAUUCAGGUAAGAGCCAACUCUUUUUUUUUAACAAUUUUCUAGAAAAUCAUUUUAUUUUGGAGAUCAUUUAUAUUGAAAGUUGAGAUUGAAUAGAAGUCAUAUUUCAUAAUGAGAAAAUUAGCUUGGAAAAAACGGAGUUAUUAUAUUAUAGAUUUGACGAACGAUGCGACCAAGGUGGUGAGGAAAGAGAAGCGGCGCGAGAACGCGAAGGGAUCGCGCGACAUGAUGAAGCGAGCGACAACGCCUCCGGCGCCUGUUCGCGAGGAACUCGACUACGAAGGACCCAACUGGAGCAUCAUCGAAGAUCAGGCCCUUCUGCUGGUACCUUUUGUCUUGAUUCUCUUUCUAUUUCCGUGUAUCUGUUGGAUAUGGACGAUAAAAGACGGAAAAACUUUUCAAUAAAGUUAUAGUUAUAAAAAGUUAUACAAAUUAAUCUUUUAAAGUUUAAAAAAACUCAAAAAAACUCGAAUAAAAAAACAAAAAAAUGUCCAAACGGACUCGGCUUUUCUCUUGCUUUUUUUUGGAAUGACGUAAAAUUUGAAGAAAAUAUUACACAUAUGAUCAAAGGUUCAACAGUUCUAAAUCUUUAAACUUCUUUUUUUGGGAAUAAGGAUAUGUUUCGUAUUAUGUCAAUGUUCUUCCUUUGACGAGGAAAUUUGAGGCUGUCGAGAAUGCGCAAAGAAUGCAGCAUGAGAUGGAUCGGACCACCUCCACGGGAUCCAUGAUUUUCAACUGGGAGUUGAUCGCCCUGUCUGUCAACCGCGUCACGUCUUUCUAUCGGUAAACGUUCACUGUCCAGGACAAAAAUUAUAAAUGAAGCAAACUUGCGAUGUAUUUCCAAUCUUGUAUAAAAUUUGCAAUCGAUGCUAGCUGGGGGCUCAACGGCUUGGAAGAAGUAAAGCUUGAUUUUGUGUGGAAUUCAAAAAUUUUCUUGAAUGUAAUUAUUGAAUUUAAUUCCCUAAUGAAAGAAUAUCUUCAGGCAGCAACACAUAAUAAGUGAAAUAAAAAAACAAUUCUCAUAUAAUUAUUAUCUUCUAGAAGGGACAUUCAACAAUUCCUCAUUGUCUGAUCAAAAUCCUAUCUUACUAGGAAACUUUUUUUACCCCCGGAUUGAACUUUUUGAUGAAACUUCGCUGAAGUGUACUUUAGAUUCCCCUGAUUUCAGGACAAGAAGAAAAAUUUGGAAAUUUCUCGCAAUAAAUCUCUUUUUUUCGAGGGGGUAUGUUAAACGCUCCCUGGUUAGCUCUGUGUGGAUCAAUUAUGGGAUUUGAACUAGUGCUGAGUACGACGACCAAGAAUCCCAGUCGACUGUUUCUCUUUUAGAUUACAACUGAAUCCUUUUUUCAAGGUCGGCGAGACAGUGCUGCAUACGGUACCAGUCGGCUGUGCGUCCGCGCGAGAUGGGCCAGUUGCUGGCUAACGACCCCGUUUCCAAAAAGCCCUUCAAAAUCGUUCUGUCCUCUCCGGAAAUCGGUCAGUCAGAUCUAAGUAGACAACAAGGUAUACACUUCCCUUUCAGUUCACAUGCGGAAAGGUCGGGCGACGACUCAGCUUCAGUAUCACCACGACUAUCCGUCUAUUUUGGACAAGCGCAAUUACAACCGCAUGAAUCUUAUCAACAGGAUGAGUUCUAGACUCUCCGUCCGUUUCUGGCGCGGCCCACCUGGUUUUUAUAACUCUGAGAACCUAAGAAACCGAUUUAUUGAAGAAGAACGCAAGUUGGACUGUCUUGAAAGUCAGCUCCCAGCCAAGCACGAAUCUCGUCUCAAAGAGUUCGGUAUCGAUAUCUCCAAGCCGGUGGAUUCAGAGAUUAUCACGAAAAAUCACGAAGAGAAAAUGGCUUUACGAGAGCUGCAGAAGCGAACAAAUGAGAAGGCGGAGGAACGCGGGGUAGGUAAAUCGACUAAUGAACAUAUUUGAGUUGAGACUCAGGCCUCCCCACCGCCCCACACAAACGUCGUCAUGGCCCGACAACACGCGGUUUCCGUCUCCAAGACCGGAACGAUGCCUGUCAGAACCACCAUGUACAUCGACGUACCGCCGAGUCAGGUUCGUAAUUUUUUAGCUACUUUUGAGAAUAUUUCGUUGUCUCUGCUAUACAAAUGCGAAGACUACCCAGGGGACUAUAAUUUUUUCUCCUGCUAAACAUUUAGAAAGUCUUUUCAGCCUCUCCAACGUGUCGCGCACCCCAACGUCGGCCAAAUGCCAAUACAGCAACCGACCCUCGCCGUCCACGAACACCCGAUGGUUUGCGAUCCGGUGCUCAAUGGAACAUAAUACUUUUCAGAAUACCUUGGCGGCGCAACAGAACGCUGGCAGAAGAGCGGCUUCUAUUCCCACCAUUGGACAUCAGUCGCAGUAUCCUACACAAGGUCCCUUUUUUCAUUUCCAAUGGUCCCGAAGAUAGCCAUUUAGGCAUCCCAAACGCCAACUUUGUGGUUGUUUCCUCAUCUGCUGGCCAACAAGACCAACAAGUACCACAGCGUCUGCCGGUAUUUUUCUUUGUAUUCGUCGUCUUCAAAAAAUGUUCCAAGGGUCCAUCUAUGAGUUAUUUGGCAUCUUCCACAAUUCAACAGCAGCAGCAGCAGCAGCAGCAACAACAGCAGCAACAGCAGCAGCAGCAGCAGCAGCAGCUACAGAGUCAGCCGCAGACCAAUCCUCAGCAACAAGGCGGCCAGAUUUAUCCCACUCAAUUGGUCGUUUCAGCCCCACGCAAUGGACAGCAAAGAGUCAUGCGGGUUUGCUGGUUCUCACCUUUUGAGGUGUACACGGAGGUGUUUUCAGAGUGUUCCCAACCGCUCAGCCAUGUACGUGUCGCAGCCAGGCGCCCCCACCGGCGAACGAACCUACGUCAUGCAACAGGCGCAACAGCUGCGCGUUCUGCCCUCCAAUCAACGUCUCCAUUCCGCUCUGCCGCAGCAGAAACGUUCUCUCAACUCUCAACCACAGCCUGGAACAGUACCGGUCAUUUCAAUAACCCAUCACUAUUUUCCUUGCUUCAGGUUGCGGCAAUGGUUAUGCCUAAUCGAACAUCCGUCUCUCAAAUUCGCUCUAUUCCGUAUGUUUUUUUCUUCAAAGUUCACGUCUCUUCAAAACGAUUUCGUAACACUUGAUAUUCUGGUAUCUAGAUGAGGAAGCAAAGUUGGGCGAAAUUUCAGUUACCAAAACGAGAUUAGGAUUAUUAUGUAAAAUUGAACAGCUUAUCAAAAAAAAAACCGUAGAAUCAGAGAAAUCAAAAUUUGCGCCGGAGGAUUUUCACUCGAUGCAUUUUUGCCCUUUAAAAGUCGAACUUUUAUCUUUUCCGGAAUGAUUUAUAAAGUAUAGCUCGGCUUCCAGACGCACCUAUUCACAAGGUCAAAGAAUCAACGUCGUGAUGGCCCAGAAUCCGAUUCGACAGACCAACACAGGCUCGCCUGUUGCAUCUUCUCACGUCAUUCCCGGUUUGAGAGAGUUUUUCUCGCAUUUGCAAAGGUGCUUUGAAGGAUCAACGGCGAUGACGAGACAACUGUUAACAACGACGCGCCAGAUGCCCGUUUCUCGCGGUGUGUCUCCGCAAACUGUUGCUCAGGUUUGUGCCCAGAUGUACUUGUGCCAUUCAAAAUUUUUUAUGCACUGCUAACUUUCCUCUUGGCGGUAAGUGAGACUUAUGCCGUGUUCACGGUAAUUUUAGCGGGAUUCAAAAUUUUCUCCGACUCCAAAGUUCAUUAAGCUUUUUCACUCUCUGACGGCUAUUUCGAGCUUCGCAGAAUGACACUGAACACGGCAUUAAUCUGGUUAUUGAAAGACGUUAGGCAAGCUUGAAACAAAAUCUUCUGAUAUCUUACCAAGUAAAGCGAAGAAAGACUUUUCAACGAUCAGAGUUCAGCAAGAAGAAACAAUAAAAGAUGACAAUCAUGGUUCAAAUUUCUUUUUUUUUCUGGUUUAAUUUCAUAAUUUCUUUUUGAAAAAAAAAACCGAAUUUCAUUUAUCAUUAUGAAAAUGAAUUGAGAAACCGUAUUGCAAAAAAAAGGUGGAAAAUGUUGUUUUAUUUCUUUAAAAAAAAAAAAAUGGAGAAAACAGGUCGCGGUUCAGGUAGUUUUGGCGCCUCCGACGUCAAACGCAGUCCCGAUUCCGGUGGCAUCGGCUCAGCCUCCGCCUCUGCUUCACGUGCAGUCUACGCCGACGUCUUCGCACCCUUCGGCUGUACUGUCCACUCAAGCGGCCCUUUCAACAGGUCCUGCGGCACCCUCUCCUCAUGUGACCGCAGGCUCUGUAUCUAGUUCUCAGCCUCAACAGGUACUCCCGCCAACUUCUCAGUCCGGGUCAUCCUAA